AUGGUACCUAAACUCCGCAAUCUCGACACCGAUUCUGUCGACUCCCAGACCCCAGAUGACAUCUCUCCCACAACUCCCCCCCAAAGAGCCGUGGAAGAGUCCCCGUUGUCUCCUCCAAUUCUCUAUGAUCCGUCUCCAACUCGUGUCCCCGACACUCCUCGAACAUCACCCCAUGGGCAGAAUCUAGGUCAUCGGAGACGAUCUACUACCACCAUCGGAGGUCGUCUCGCCGCUCCCCGGCGGAGAUUCCCCGUCAUCAACUCUCGACGCGACUCACAGCGAUCUAUUGAUAGAACACCAAAUCGAGUAGCCCGUCAAUAUCGCCGCAUGCGUACUCUUGGUAACAAUCAACGAUCCGGAAGCUUCCUACAAUACAUCUCGUCUGUUGAUGAUCUCAGUCGAGCAAUCGCUGGCGGGCAGCAGGCUUACCCGCUGGAGCGUAGGAAUAGACAACCCCUUGCGCAUUAUCCUUCGCGGUUGAUUCGCAUCAGAAGAACCCGCACCGUCUACAGCCAGUUCUGGGUAGAUCCUCCAGCACCAAUCCCAACUUUCGGUCACGACGUGAUCGGUCAAUCGAUUCAUACAUCCAGGCCACAGCCAUCUCAUCCACCGGCCAGCAGGGUGAUUGCCCCGCCGGAAGAACCGAUGCCAGAGCCUACCCGGCUGAGUAUUGAUUCUCUGGGCAGUACGGAUAGCGGCGUCACUGAGCAUGACACUCAGCCCCCUGUCCGCCAGAACCGCCCCCGUUGGCCGGGACACGUGUUGUACUGCGACUGCGUUAUUUGCGACAAGUUAAAUGAGCCUUAUAGCCCUUAA